AGCCGCCCAAACAUAUGCGGAGUCUGAAGCCCUAUAGUGCUAAGGAUUCACUUCAUAUAUUGUGUGACUACUAAAAGCCUUUAAUCAGACUGUCGGGGUCCUCUUCAGGCGUACCGUUGAUGACUCACUGGGCUAAAGCGGCAUCACAGUGGGCCGAAUACGGAAAGGCGGACUUUGAACUGGAUUGUCUCUCUGGCCUUACAGUGUCUGAUACAACACGAGGAUGAAUCAUUAUGAGAGCGAAAGGAGAGCGAUAUGAAAGUGACGACCUCAUCCGACAUUUCUACAGCCCCUGAUUUACAAAUACACAACUCUUCACUUUGAACUGCUGUUCAAGUCAUGGCAACGCUGCCGCCUUUAGCUCCACUCCCUCCGCCAGAGGUGCAGAGGUCCAUCCCCUCCACAGAAUGGGAUCUUUAUCUUGAUGCCUGUAUACUCCUUCUUGGGGCUCGAUUGGAGACUUCAGAAUCUGCAUUCAAGAAUUUGGUACCAAAAGAUGCAUCCGCAGUGCUUUUCUUGGUUUCAUUCUACCAUCAACUCGCCACAUCUGGGGGGAAUGCUUUCCAAUCUGGAGCAAAAGCCAGAACAUUGAAGAAGCUCUGCUUUCUGUUAACGAGAAGGCUUGUGCUAGAAGUUGCGGUACCGCCACCUGAGCUUUUAGGAUGGACUUAUCUCAGCGAAAUGAGCUGUUGUUAUCCCUCCAGCUCAGCGUUGAAGAAGCUCCUAUCUGAUGCGUGGGGUAACCAUGAGGAUGUAAUCUCAUCAAGUUUAGAGAAAGGGAAAGUGGGUAUUAUUGUACAGCUCUCUGCGUCUGACUCCGGCAGCGUCUUCAAAGCCGUCUCGGAUAUCCGGCUGUUGACUAUAUUGGCAUCCUCGCUCCCAGCCUGUGGACAUGUGCUCAUGGCUGGGUCUGACUAUCUGGAUACUGUUGCAGAAGCAUAUCAAACGCAAAAGUUAGAGGAUAUCCGCAAGUCCCUGGUUGCCAAUAUAUACGUUGGUUUUACCUCACUAUUGAAAGGCACAAAGCCUAAUCUUACUCUUCUGUUGGACCAAUUGUUUGGCUUAAAAGCCGGCGUCGGCAUGGGCACGCCGAGGAUGAAGAAAGAGCCAACGCUCCUCUCAGACGUCAUCUGCAGCUCCGACAUCUUAACUCGAGUUGAACGAUACCUGGCUGUGCAGCCCCAGAAACGCGGACAAGAUCUCGUCUCAAGUCUACGUACAUAUCAAUAUGAGUCGAAGUCCUUUCACCACCGAUAUCAAAAGCCGAAGAAACGAAUCGACAAAGGAAAAGGUCGAGCGUCAGAUCUUCCGGCAUCAGAAGAAGUUCACGCGCAUAAGAUGUCUCUAAUCAGUCAGAUCCAAGACCUCUUCCCCGACCUUGGAUCGGGCUACAUCGUGAGACUUCUAGACUUCUACGGCGACAAUCCAGAAACAAUAAUCGCACACCUCCUAGACGCCUCUAUCCCUCCAGAGCUCCAAGAUCUAGACAGAUCGGAGCAACUCCCUCCUACACCAGCAACCCGCCAUGACCCGCUUCCUCCUAAGUCAACACCACCCCAAUCUCCUUCAAUAACAAUACCAGAACCACGCAGAAACAUCUUCGACAAAGACGUCGACCUCGCCGAACUUGCGCGCUCCAACGACCUUACCAACAACAACAAGAAGAACAACGCCCUACGCUUCGGCCGCGCAAACCCCUCCCUCACAGCCGACGACAUGCUCGCAGAUCGUAGCAACCACACCGCCAGCAAAGCAGCCAUCCUCUCCGCCCUAGCAACCUUCGACUCCGACGACGACGAGCGCGACGACACCUACGACGUCGCCGACGUUGGCGGCACAGUCGACGCCACAGGCGAAGGCGCAGGUACCACAGACGAGCUAGAUCUCACCCUGCUACGUGCCUAUAAGGCCACGCCAUCUCUAUUCGCACGAGACUCGGCAACGCGCCGCUCGCAGCCGCGUGACACCCUCAAGCGCGAAUCCGGACUUACCGACGAAGCACUGGAGGGGUGGGCAGUUAUGAUAAUGCGUAAUCCGAACCGUCUCGCGAAGCUGGAAAGUAAGCUUGCGCUUUCUGCGGGUGGUGGGUUCACGCCGGGAGUUGGCCUGUCUCAGCCUGAGAUUCCGUCGACGUCGUAUCGUCGGCCAAAGGCGGAUGAGGAACCUGAGAGUGGGACCGAAGGUGAGCAGUCGGCGUCUCAGGGGCGAGGUGGCUCUUCUCGAGGUCGUGGUCGUGGCGGCGGUGCUGGUGGUGGUGGACGGGGUGGAAGGGGCCGAGGUGGUGGGAGAGGUGGUGGUCGCGGAGGCGGAGGUGCUUCUGGGGAACAGAACCCAGCUGCUUCACGACAGAGAAAGGAGGAGAAUAAAGCGAGCCGGGCCAACCAUAAUCGACGACAGCAGAGAGCUAAGAAGGUUUCGAGAGCUGGUGGGAUGGUUGGAUAAUCCAAAAACUCGGCAGGUUAUAUAUAACGAGACUUUAUGAUUACUUUUUCCUUCCUUGUUUCGUACGUCUAGCACUGUAAAUAUGGGUAUAGAUUUCUACGAAUGGACAUACAUUACGAACACGGUCA